UAAAUUAGUAAAUUACUUCUUAGAGCCUCUUCUCAAUGUUCUCAUUAGGCCUAGGAAGGACAAGCACAGCGAGAAGACAGCAGAUAAUGGCUCUAAGAGUAGAAUCCGAUCACCAAGCUACUUCAUCCUUCCUUCACAUAGGUGACACCAUUUCUCUGUACGCUGAGGGAGAUGUAUCUGGAUUUAUUAGUACACUAGGGUUGGUUGAUGACCGUGUUGUGGUUAGGCCAACAAGUGGCACCCCACUUAAUCCACCUAUGAAAUUCAGAGAUUGCUUGUUUAAGAUUUACCCGAUGCAACGUUAUGGAGCACAAGAACAGUUUAAAAAGGCCACACAGAGCACAAAAAGCAUGCCUGAUGUAGUUAUUUUGCAGAAGCUUCAAACUGCUGCUGAUCAAGAAAGGGAGCAAUCACGGAUCGAAUCGGAAAAGCAAUGGGGGCAACCAGUUAAAUAUGGAACUACAAUGAUACAGCUUCGUCAUGUGAAGAGUAACAAGUUUCUUACUGUCACUAAACGAUCAUCAGCACAAGUUGAGAAAAAAGCAAUGAAAGUAUCACUGGAUUUCCAAGGCUCAGAAAAUGCUUGGUUCUAUAUAACACCACUGUAUAAACUAAGGACAUCAGGAGAUAAUGUAAUUAUUGGAGAUAAAGUUGUACUAACAGCAAUCACAGCCAAUCAGGCACUUCAUGUUAGUGAGCUCAGCCUGCCUGAUCAUGAUGACUGCAAAGAGGUUAAUGCUAUUGCAGACCAUACUAGCUGGAAGAUACAACUAUUUAUGGACUAUAAGGAAGACAAGGAAGACAUUUUACGGGGGGGAGACGUAGUUAGAUUGUUUCAUGCAGAGCAAGAAAAAUUUUUGACAUGUGAUAAGCUUGAUAAGCUCAAAGGGCAACUUCAGGUAUUUCUUCGCUUCUCUGCCAGGGCUACAAAAACUGAUGCAACAAGUUCUAAAGCCUUGUGGGAGGUAGAAGUUGUUCAUCAUGAUCCUUGUCGUGGAGGAGCAGGGCACUGGAAUUAUCUAUAUCGUUUUAAACAUUUGGCAACUGAUACAUAUCUCGCGGCUCGUGAAGAUCCAGACACAACCGCAGAUCCAACUCGUGCUAAAUUAAGAGGAUCUGAUACCGAUGAUGUUUAUUAUCUCUGCACAGAUCAAGAUGUGCCUGAAGAGCCAAUUUUUACUAUAUUUGAAUUGGAUUCCACUACGAUACAGCCACAUGAUGGGCAGGUACCAAGGAGUUCCUAUGUUCGUCUGCGUCAUGCUCGAACCUUAACCUGGGUUCAUGCAACUAACAUAUUAAUUGAUAGAGAAAGCAAAUCUCCUGUGAUGUUUAAAUUAGGGCUGGCUACUUUAAGGGAAGAUAAAGAAGCCUUUGCUAUUGUUCAUGUUAGUCCUCAAGAAGUUCGUGACUUAGAUUUUGCUAAUGAUGCUGCAAAGGCAUUGUCUUCAGCAGCUGAUAUAAUGGAAGGAGGACAUCAUUUACAACCAACUCAAAGAAAGAAUGUUAUUAAACUGUUGGAAGACCUUGUGUACUUUACAGUUAGAAAGGAAAAUUCUGGUGAAACUCAAAAGGCACUUCAUGUUCAAGGCAAGCCUGAUCGAGACAGGCAGAAAUUAAUCCGAGAGCAAAAUGUUUUGAAAGCUAUAUUUCGACUCCUAAGUGUACCACUCCCUAUUAAUAAGGAAGGUAGCCGGCUAUUAUUUGAGAUGGCAGAUCUUAGUGAACAGAAGCAUGAGUCACUUCGAUACAUGUAUCAGCUUUGCUAUAGAGUCAUUGAACAAACACAGAACAAUUAUAGGAAAAAUCAGGAACAUAUUGCAGAAACAUUUUUUCAAGUCAUGCAGAGUCAGAUUGGGUAUAACAUAAGAGCUGAAGAUACUUUAGCAGCAUUAGUUAAUGAUAAUGUCAAACUUUUGGAGACUCAUAUUCGGGAAACAGAGAUCGAAACUUUUGUUAACUUAUUGAAGAAGAGCCAAGAUCCAAAGUUUUUGACUUAUUUAGGUGAUCUUUGUGUAUCAAAGGGAACUGCCAUACAGAAAGUACAAGGAAUGGUUUGUGAGGUUGUUUUAAAACCGGAGCACUCUGAUAUCCUAAUGAAGCUAGUUAGUGUGGAUCGAGAGAGCAAAAAAAUGGUUUUGCAUUAUUCUAAUGAUGAUGAACUUUGUGAAAGACCUCUAGAAUUAAUAGCUGAUAGUGCUGCUCAUGGAAAUCCAUCUGAUAGUAAAGUUUUAGAAUAUUUUAGGGCACAAUUGGAUUUGUUUGCUCAAAUGUGUUUUAAUCGCCAAUACUUGGGAAUAAAUGAAGUAAAGAGGCAGCUUCCUAUAAGACUUGUAUUAAAUUGUAUGGAAAAUUGUAACCUAACGUAUAGCCUAAGGGCAGCUUUUUGUCGCAUUAUGUAUUGUGUUUACCUGGAUACUUCCCCGCAAGAAGUGGUGAAUCCAGUUGGUUACUCUCGUUUAUGGGACCACAUACCAACUGAUGUUGUCCUUCAUGACUACUGCCCUUGGAAAGAAAAUAUGGCAGAUAAAUCUGAAAGUGUAUCAGAUGAUGACGAAACUACAGCAGAAGUUGAUAAAAGUGAUGUUUCGCGGAGAAGAUCUAUGUUUCAGCAACAACACAAAGAAGAGUCAAUUCUUAGAGGCACAACCAAUUUUGUCGAAAGUUAUCUUCAUGAGAGAAGCGUCUGGAAAUUAGAUGAUAAAGAGCAAAACGUUCUAACCUAUGAAGUUGUCUGCUUAGCUCGAAUGAUGGUUUACUUUGGUUUUUAUGAUUUCAGCAAACUCCUUUCACUGACUUAUGUUUUGCUUGAUGGAUUAGAUAAUCGGGAAGCUACUCCUAUUCAUCAUAGUCAUUUUUUAACUACUUCAGGAUUGACUUCUUCACGUGGUGUCCUUGGUUCUCUUGUUGGGUCAUCAGCAGCUCAUUUUUUUCCUCGUUCUGAGUCUCUUGAUGGAAAUGAUUCUCAUAAGUCGGAUUAUGAGAGAUCUGACCCUGCUGUCAUUAAUACAAAAAGAAAAAUAUUGGAAAUAAUUGACUUCAUAAUGGAUGUUAGACUAGAUCUUCGUAUUACUAACCUGCUCGUCAUCUAUAAGAAAGAGUUUAGCUUGUUAUCAGAUGGAAACAGUAAUCAGUCUCCUGAUCCAUCUGACCUUGAUUCUGUCGACAUUUUGAAACAAUUUGAGGUCAUUUUUCGUGGAAACCAAGAUCUGAAAAUGGAUUUAGAUGACAGUCAGGGUAAACAAUUGUUGCGCGUUCUUCUUCAAAUGUCAAUGUCGAAAAAUCCACAUCUUUCCUUGCAAGCUCUUAAACUAAUUACACGUCAUUUCUCCCAGCGAUCUGAAUUGACCAAAUGUUUCACGCAGGUUCAAUUAUUAGUUUCGCAAAAAGAGAAAUCAAAUUAUCAACGAAUUCGUACAAAUCUGGAAAAGCUAAAGACUUUAGUUGACGAAGCUGAAUUGUGGAUUACAAAGACAGAAGACUUAGUUGUUGGUAAAAAGAAAAAACACGAGCGCAGGUUAAGUAAAGGUGGUCCUCAAGCUGAAUUAGAAGCUACAGUUGCUGCAGCUCUUGACUAUGUGUCAUCAUCAAAGGACACAAAAAUGUCAAUUAAGAAACAGCCAAGAGUUCAAAGUGAGGGCAGUGAUGGAAAUCAAGGCUCAGUAAAGAGUUUAUCACCUAAAUAUGAUCAAGUCUUGAAAAUUUUGAGUAGUUUAACUGAUAUUUGUAAUGGUGAUGAUAGAAGUUUUGAGCAAAGGCUUUUAAAGAACAUGGGAGCAUUACAAGUGAUACUUGAUCUGUUACAAGUUCCCUAUAACAAAGCAUAUGAUACAAAAAUGUCUGAAAUAAUGCAUCAGGGACACAAAUUCUUGCAGAACUUUUGUCGCGGCAAUGAAGCAAAUCAGUUACUCUUGCAUCGUAACCUUAAGCUAUUUAUUAACAGUGGCCAUCCAGUUAGUAAUACGAUAACAUAUUUUAAUGUCUUGUUAAUAUAGACUGUUGAAGUUGUUACUCUUACUGAGGUGUUUAAGGAUAAUGCUGCUUUGUGUCAAGAAGUUCAGGAAUCUGAAAUUCAGUACUUUUUGCAUUGUAUUGAAAAAGGACGAGACAUACGUUAUUUGCAGUUUCUUCAGACCAUAAUGAAAGUUCAUGGGCAGCCUGUUAAACGCUCUCAAGACUUAGUCAUGGCAGAGAUUGCUAAUGCUGGUGAUGAUGUUCUUCUUUUCUUUCAUGAUCAACCAUUUGAAGUAUUCAUAGACCUUAUGAAGAAAGAGCAAGGGACUGCAUUACCAACAUCAAAUUUAAUUUACCACUUAAAUUUACUGCGUCUCCUCACUAUAUGCACUGAAGGCAAAAAUGUUAAUACAGAAAUGAGAUGUCAUUCAUUACUACCACUUGACGAUAUUGUUAAAGUUAUCACACAUCCAAAGUGUAUUCCAGAAGUUAAAAGAGAGUACUUGGAUUUUUUGCUUCACUGUUACAUUGAUGCUGAAGUAGACAAUAAAGAAACAUUCACUAAAGAUUAUAUGUGGGAUCUUUUUGCUAACAUGGCCAAAGAUAUAGAUGCUGUUUACAAAGAAAACUGUACUGGUGAAGAACAAUACACAAACUAUGUGACCUGUCAUAUUCCAGUGACACUCACCAGCUACUUUAGCUCCCCAUUAGCUACUCAUGGUGUCAAGAUUCAUCAGGAUGUCUAUAUUAAUCUUCUCACAAGUCUUGUGAGGCUUCUCCAGUGUCCUUUCAUUCAGGAUCCUCAAAAUGAAGAGAUACGUCAGUCUUUUGAGAAAUGUUGCAAAAAGAUGAUUAGUGUUGCACGAGAUGAGGGACUUCUCCUUCCAUCUAAUAUUGAAGAUGAAGUCCAAGCUUCUGCAGUGAGUCAGCAUGCUAGGAGAAAGGCACUUCAAUGGCUUCAUAAACAUAAAGAAAAGAAGCAGUUAUCUGAAUGGACAUUGGAUGUUAGUGGAAUUCAAACUGAGGAAAAGAAUAAGCACAUCAUUGGUGGAGUCCAGAAUGUUGUAGCAGAGUUAAAUGAAACUUGGGAUUGUCUUAUUGAAGCUGAAGAAUCAGUUUUAGUUAAUAUUUUGUACAAUCCAGAGGCAUUGUUUCAGCGUGGCACCAAUGCCUUCAAACAAGCAUCCAAGAAGUUCCUUUCAAGGAUUGUAAGUCACAUGGAGCACAAAGUAUUUUCAGAGGAUGAGCUUUUUAUUUCUUCAAUGAUGCACUAUUUUACUAAAAUGAUGACUGAAGACAUAGAACUUUCGGAAUCAGGCAUGGAAUUACGAUCACAUCUGCUUAAAGUCUACUUCACUAACUAUCUCUUGGAUAAACAGCAUUUUACAAAGCAACGUCAUAAGUCUGAAAGGAAACAAAGUGUAGUCAUGUUAGCUAAGCUUGCUACUAUUUCUGAAGAUCCAUUUUCAUCAAUGCAAGAUGAUAUGCUGUUAGUGUCUCUUGGAGAUAAAUCAGUCACAUUGGAAGUAGUGCAGAACCAGUUAAAUAAAUGCCAUGUAACAAAACUGGUUGUUAAUAUCAUCAAGUCUUCGCCUAGUCAUUUCGUCAUGUUGUCAGCUGUCAAUCUUGCUGUAGCUCUUUUAAAUAAUGGAAAUACAAUUGUUCAGGGAACUAUGUGGGAUUUACUUUGUACAUGUGAUUCUGAGCUUUUCUUCAAUGAAAUAUAUCGGCGGUUUCAAAUGGCACAAAAUGAAAUGAAAAACUCUCCUACUGGUUUAAUUAUAACAGAAACUGAUGGGGCUACGAAUUUGGUAGUGGUACAAGAUCGUAAAUCAACUGGGGGAACAGUUACAUCUCUAGAUAUUCAGGAUCAGUUAACACUGGUUGCAGCUAAUACUGAAGGAUUGAGUCGACGUAGUACUCCAAAAAGAGAGUCUAGGUCUGAUACAGGUCCAGGUCCAAGUGUAAAUGUCAUGGCUGGUCAUAAUGUUAUGAGCACUCCUGAGCUGAAACUAAUGAAACCAUUGUUGAGAUUGCUACAACUCUUUUGUGAGAACCAUAACUCAGAAAUGCAGAACUACCUGCGUCAUCAAACUAACAGCAAAAAUAGUAAAAAUUUAAUACUGGAAACGCUGCAAUUCCUAGAUUGCAUAUGUGGCAUUACGACUGGUGGUUUGGUACUCUUGAGCUUAUAUAUUCACUGUGAGAAUGUUGAAGUUAUUGAUCAAUGCCUCACUACAUUAACUGAGUAUUGUCAAGGACCUUGUCAUGAUAAUCAGAAAUGUAUUUCUUCAAAUGAGUCAAGCGGCAUUGAUAUAGUUGUUGCUCUUAUUCAAACUGAACUGACUGCUUUAGAAAAUUACCAAGACUUGGCUAUACAGCUUAAAAAAACAGCGAGCCAAACUCUUUUGGCUGUAAUGGAAAGCCAUCAUGAUUCGGACAUUAUUGAAAGGAUUGUUUUAAAAAUUGGCUCACCUGAAACUUUAGUAAAAUGCAUUGAGUGUACAUGUGUAUCAAUAGCUUUUUAGGUCAAUAUCUGCCGUACACUUCAUAAAAGUGGUAGCAGUGAUGAUAAUGAGAAUUCACCUGUUGAAGUUGGGCAUAACAUAUAUAUUUUAGCUCAUCAGCUUGCUACUAGUAAUAGAGCACUUCAGUUAGAACUAGACAAGGCAGUGAAAGAUCCUAAUGAUGCUGUGUCUUUCUAUGCAGCAAAUACAGCUCAGAUAGAAAUUGUUCGGGCUGACAGAAGUUUGGAACGAAUUGUUUUUCCUAAGCAUGAAAUUUGUAAGUUUUUGACAACAGAAUCGCAAAAUCAUGUAAGACAUGUAACAAAGUGUGACACUCAAGGUAGCAAGGUCGAAGAUUUUUUUAAUCACAUGGACUCAUUAUAUGAAGAAAUGCUUUGUCAACAGGCUCUUAGAGAUCAUUCAAUUCAAUACUGGAUGUCAAAAAAUAUUGUAAACUGGUCUUCAUUAUCUUUCUACCUUGCUGUGGUCAUCAAUUUUAUUGUUAUCUUAUUUUAUCCUUUUGGUAAAGGAAAUAAAUACAUUGAAAAAACAUCGAACUGGUCUGUUUUGUUCAUGUACCUCAUUUUUUCAGCACUUUCUGGGUUAUUUUGGUAUUUUGCUCGUAACUCUCGUUAUGAAAAGAGAGCUUGGUUUAGUAUAGGCUCACUUGCUAUCGUUUCUACAUUAUUUACUAUUGGAGUAAAACCUACCUUGUUUUUCAUGGGAUUUUUCCAGGUUGUAAUAAAAUGUGUUUAUUUAGCUAGUGCCUUAGGCAAUAGAGGAGUAUUUACUAAUCAACUUAGUAGUUUUAAGCUACUGUUAAAAGACCAUUUAAUUGUCUAUCACUCUUUCAAUCUUGUCCUUUGUUUAUUGGGUUGGAUUUGGCAUGAAUUCUUUUACUCUCUAUUGCUAUUUGAAAUAGUGUACCGUGAAGAAAUGUUACAAAGUGUCAUGCGUAGCUUAACAAGAAAUUUCUUAUCGAUUAUUUUGACUACUACAUUGGCUCUAAUCUUGGUCUAUCUGUAUGCAAUCCUUGGUUACAUGUUGUUAUCUGAGGAUUUCUUAAUGGAGACUCACCCCAUAGCUCUUGUGAGCAAUUUAACUGAUGGUUUUUGUGAUUCUGAUCAUUGCAACAGCAAAGAAGGUGGUUGGAAUGUACAGUUGGAGCCUAGUUGUGAUACUUUGAUGAUGUGUCUAUUAACACUGGUUAGAGAUGGAGUAAGGUCUGGUGGAGGUAUUGGUGAUGUUAUUCGUAAGCCGUCUAGCAUAGAACCGUUAUACUUGCUUAGGCUUAUUUAUGAUCUUUCAUUCUUUUUUCUGGUUAUUGUCAUUAUUAUUCAAAAUCUAAUCUUUGGUGUAAUAAUUGACACCUUUGCCACAUUACGAGCUGAGAAAAAUGCAACUGAUAACAUGUUAAAGAACACUUGUUUCAUAUGCGGAUUGGAUCGAACUAGGUUUGAGAACCAGCAUAUUACUUUUAAAGAACACUGUGAACAAGAGCAUAACAUGUGGAACUAUCUGUACUUCGUUGUUCACUUAAGAAUGAAGGAGAAAACCGAACUGACUGGGCCUGAAAGUUAUGUGUAUGAUCAAAUAAAAGGACACAUUGAGAAUAGAAGUGCAUCUGCUAAUUUGGAAUGGUUCCCUCGACUUAAGUGCAUGUCAUUAAAUAUUGAAGAGCCAGAGCAAGAACAAAAUGAAAUGAAAGAGUUACAAAAACAAUUGCUUGAAGCUACUAGUCUAGUUAAAGUUCUGUCACAUCAGCUGACUGAUCUUAGAGAUAAAAUGAAUGAGCAACGUAAAGUUAUUCAAAGAAAACAGCUACAUGCAACUCUGCCAUCGUCACUCCACAGAUUUGCAUCAAUGUCUCAUAAUUAACUUUGAUGGCUAUUAAUAAUACUAAUGAUAAUUAUUAACUACUGUUAGGAUCUGCUAGAAGAUCUGUUAGAUGUUAGACAAAAAUAUCUCCUUCUCACAUUAGAUCUGUAUGAGUUUAUUUGAAAUAAUAAUUGUUACUUUAUUGUUAGUUUAAUUUUUAAGGAAACUAAACAUAAAACUAAAA